UAGGGUUUGGGUCGGUUGUUCAGGGUGGAGUGCUUUGGUGCAAUCUGGCUCACUGCAGCCUAGUCCUGGGCUUGGGAUCCUCCCACCUCAGCCUCCGGAGUAGCUGGGACUACAGUCUUGUACCACCAUGCCCAGCUAAUUUUUUAUUUUUUGUAGAGAUGGGGUCUCACUUUGUUGCCCGGGCUGGUAUUUUUCUAUUUCACCUUCUAUUACCUUCCUGCCCAUCGUGUAUCAUUGUCCAGGAUUCCUCCAGUUUUGUAAAGAACGAAUUCCGUGAAAAGGUGAGGUGGAGCAUUGUAGGAUCUUUUCCAGGCCUUUGAGUUGCCAUUUGAAGAACUGCUCGAGUCCAAAGGAGGUUAAUGAACUAAGCAGCUUACAUAUAAUGAGGGGCUGUGUAUCUACCUUGAUGCUUUGGCUGUUACCUGCAGUAAUUUUUUUUACCCUUGGAGGAGGGAUUAGGAUUGUGAUAGUGGGAACUGGUCAUCUUCUUUGUUUCUGGAAUAUUACGUGUAAUACUACCAAAAAAAGAGGUCCACCCAACUGCAGUAGUCUUCCUAGUUGGUCCAUCAUUUGCCUCUUGCCUGGGAAAGCCUGUGACCUGGAAGCAGCGCCUGAGGCCUGCAAACCUCUGAGCGAAGAUACACUGCGGCCCCUUUAAGCUUUCGGAGUGUGCGGAGAGGGGAACUGAGGGUGGGGCGGGCACUCUGACAGUGGCGCUCCGGGCCCCGCCCUCGGAGGAGGCGUUUCCCAGCGGUCCGCAGCACCAAUGCUGAUGCCGCCGCCGCCGCCUGCCGGGUAUUCCUGCUGAUCCUGCUCGGACCUUAGGUUCCCUGACCUCUCCCUGCCCGGGGAGCGUAAGUGUCAAACCACGGGCAAGGGGCAAGCAUCCCGCGACCGUGCUGCAAGUCCUGGUGGACCGUACUGGGGACUUUCCUGGCCUAUCAGGCUAAGGCGGCGAAAGAGCGUAAACAAUGCCGGCUGCAGUGAGCUAAAGCCAGGGUAUCUGCUCUACUUCUGGGUGGUGACAGCAGCCGUAGGGUGCUUGUUUGGGCAUGCAGUGGGUGAGCAGUGUCCACGACCUGGCUUUGCCCCCACCUGGUUCUUACUUGGGGUGAGGAGAGGGUUGCUUUUACCAGAGUAUAACCCAUUUGAGCUGAAUGGGUGGAGCUGAAUCUCUCUCUCUGGGCCUUGGAUCCUUACCCUGGUAUUUGAAGACCUUGGUAGCUUUGGGAUGAGUAAGCAUUAGGUUUUCAGCUACCUUGGUACAGUCGAGCAGUAACUCCAAGUUGUCCUAAUUCACAGCCAGGUUUAGCUUUCUGUCUCUCCAGAGGCCUGUGUUGGUGGUAUCCCCUACCCCUUUUGGAUAUGUUGACAGUGAUCAUCUCUUAGGAAGAGUCCAGUUAACCUUCUUUCCUCCUGAUAUGAAGAGCACAAUGUUAAAGAGACAGCUCUUUACCCCUCUCCGUCUCUGAAGGAAUUUGUGGGACGCCGCUGUCCCAAGAUUAGGAAAGCAAACACACCAAAGUUUGAGAUAAUCUGCUAGAAAACAGUUCAGAUUUCUGGCCGCCUGGUAAUGCAGAAUACUCCAGCAAGAAGAUAACACUUGCCCUUGUUAAUGGGAAAUACCUGGAGACAGUGAGGUUUUUUUAAAUUUGAGGGAAAGUCUUGUCAUUUUUGCCACCUGCUACUCAGAGAUGGGAUUUUGUCAGAUUUUGGUUAAGUAAUAAAAAUCUUAAGUUUUCUAUGACAGUUACAUAGUUGUUGUGUUUCUUUAAUGCAGUUGUCCUUCCUAGACAUGGUUUGAGUAGAUUUCUGGGCAUGUGUUUGCAUUGCUUUCUUUAAAAAAUGAUUUCUUUUUUUUUUUAUGAGCCUAUCAUCACACUCAGUGGUCAUUCAAAUGGGUUGCUUUUUGAUGGAGCAGAAGUUUUUCUCAAACUUCUGUUAGAAUCAUUCUGUGCUUCUGCAAUAGCAUCUCCUUAGCCAGAGGUGAGGGUCCAGGAAUGGUAAUCAAAUUCAGAUCUCUUGUAUUGUGAUAGUGAAGAGCUUUUGUAGGUCAAGAACUUGGGAAUUUGCCAUAAAAUAGUCGUACUGCCAGUGGUUUUUCUCUAAGUAGAAGAGAAAAUAAUCUGUACAGUAGCUCUGUAAUUACUCUUAUAGACUAUCAAAAUACAGGAAUUUAAACUAAAAAGACACCACACUUGGGCCCAUGGGUUGUAGGGAAGAGAGAUAGACUGAGAAGUAGGAGACAUAGGUUCUAGGCCCAGCUCUAGUAUUACUCAUGACUUAAUCUCUCUGUCCCUUUUAACUGGUUGGUUAAUGAGAAAAUGCACAGAUUUUGGGGUCUCUUUUAUGAUGGGAUAUAGUGCAUAUUUAAUAGGAAAUUUAUUAUUUAUUUGAACACUAAACUGAAAAAUCAGACAAUUUGGAAUUUAUUCUAAGUUCUGCCUUCCUGUAUAACCUUGAAAACAUUUCUUAACCUCUAGUCUAAAAAUAAACAAUUACACCUAAACCUUUUCAGCAAUAGCAUGGACUAUAUGGUAUUUGAGCUCUUAGGAAGACAUUUUUAGAUCAGUGGUGUAUGAUUAUAAUAUUUCUGUAAAACAUACUUAUUUUAGCUGGCCUCCUUGUCUUUGCCUCUGUUUUAGACUGGGAUGAAAUCUGAGAGCUCUGAAUAAUUGAAAUUUCUGAAUAUGUGUCUUUACUAAGGACUAGAUGAAAUAAACCACAGCAAGCAUUAUGUAUAGUUCAAAUUAAUCUUAUUAAUGCUUCUCUUUGUUGGCAAUUUUAUUUGCUCUUUAGGCAUCAAACUCUACUGUGUAGCAAAAACUCGGUUUCUUAUAUCUGUUUAUAAAAUCCAGAUCAGUCUGGUCAUCCCUAUAUGAUACUUUUAACUUUUUGAGAAACUUCCAAAUGAUUUUACACAGCAGCUAGACUAUUUUGCAUUCACAGCAGCUGGACCAUUUGGCAUUCAACUUAAAAAAUACACAGGAAAUACUCUUAAUUCUAAGGAAAACCUGGAAGCACAAUGGGAGAUGACAGUGAGUGGUUGAAACUGCCAGUUGAUCAGAAAUGUGAACACAAGCUGUGGAAAGCAAGGUUAAGUGGGUAUGAAGAGGCCCUGAAGAUCUUCCAGAAAAUAAAGGAUGAAAAGAGCCCAGAAUGGUCCAAAUUUUUAGGAUUGAUCAAAAAAUUUGUCACUGAUUCCAAUGCAGUGGUUCAAUUGAAAGGAUUAGAAGCUGCACUUGUUUAUGUUGAAAAUGCCCAUGUAGCAGGAAAAACCACAGGAGAAGUUGUGUCAGGUGUUGUAAGUAAGGUGUUCAAUCAACCUAAAGCCAAAGCCAAGGAGCUGGGCAUAGAGAUCUGUCUUAUGUACAUAGAGAUUGAGAAAGGAGAGGCUGUGCAAGAAGAGCUCCUGAAAGGCUUGGACAAUAAGAAUCCCAAGAUCAUAGUGGCCUGUAUAGAGACACUGAGGAAAGCCUUAAGUGAAUUUGGUUCCAAAAUCAUCUUGCUUAAGCCAAUUAUCAAAGUGUUGCCAAAACUCUUUGAGUCUCGAGAGAAGGCUGUUCGAGAUGAAGCCAAACUAAUUGCUGUGGAGAUUUACAGAUGGAUUCGGGAUGCUCUGAGACCCCCAUUACAAAAUAUAAACUCUGUUCAGUUGAAAGAACUAGAAGAAGAAUGGGUCAAACUGCCAACAAGUGCUCCUAGACCUACUCGAUUUCUUCGUUCCCAACAAGAACUAGAAGCUAAAUUGGAACAACAACAGUCUGCUGGUGGAGAUGCUGAAGGAGGUGGUGAUGAUGGUGAUGAGGUGCCACAAAUAGAUGCUUAUGAGCUUUUAGAAGCUGUAGAAAUCCUUUCCAAACUUCCCAAAGACUUUUAUGACAAAAUUGAGGCAAAAAAAUGGCAAGAGAGAAAAGAGGCCCUGGAGUCUGUAGAAGUACUAGUAAAAAACCCCAAACUGGAAGCUGGCGAUUAUGCAGAUUUAGUAAAAGCAUUAAAGAAGGUUGUUGGAAAGGACACCAAUGUCAUGUUGGUGGCUUUGGCAGCAAAAUGUCUUACUGGCCUGGCUGUUGGGCUAAGGAAGAAAUUUGGACAAUAUGCAGGACAUGUUGUGCCAACCAUCUUAGAGAAAUUCAAAGAGAAGAAACCUCAAGUGGUACAAGCCCUGCAGGAGGCAAUUGAUGCAAUCUUCCUUACUACCACACUACAGAACAUCAGUGAGGAUGUUUUAGCAGUAAUGGAUAAUAAAAAUCCAACCAUCAAGCAGCAGACAUCUCUUUUUAUUGCAAGAAGUUUCCGCCACUGCACUGCUUCUACCCUGCCAAAGAGCUUGCUAAAGCCUUUUUGUGCUGCACUACUUAAGCACAUCAAUGAUUCUGCUCCUGAAGUCAGAGAUGCCGCAUUUGAAGCAUUGGGUACUGCUUUGAAGGUGGUUGGUGAGAAAGCAGUAAACCCAUUCUUAGCUGAUGUGGACAAACUCAAGCUUGAUAAGAUCAAAGAAUGUUCAGAAAAGGUAGAACUGAUACAUGGUAAGAAAGCUGGACUAGCUGCUGAUAAGAAGGAAUUCAAACCUCUGCCUGGAAGGACUGCUGCUUCAGGGGCUGCAGGAGAUAAGGACACAAAGGACAUUUCCGCACCCAAACCAGGACCUCUAAAAAAGGCACCUGCUGCUAAGGCUGGUGGGCCACCGAAAAAGGGGAAACCAGCUGCACCAGGAGGUGCAGGGAAUACUGGAACCAAGAACAAGAAAGGAUUGGAGACUAAAGAAAUAGUGGAGCCUGAGCUCUCGAUAGAAGUAUGUGAAGAAAAAGCUUCAGCUGUUCUGCCCCCUACCUGUAUACAGCUUCUUGACAGCGGUAACUGGAAAGAAAGGCUGGCUUGUAUGGAAGAGUUCCAGAAGGCUGUUGAGCUAAUGGACCGAACUGAAAUGCCAUGCCAGGCAUUAGUGAGGAUGCUAGCCAAGAAACCUGGAUGGAAAGAAACUAAUUUUCAGGUGAUGCAAAUGAAGCUUCAUAUAGUUGCUUUGAUUGCCCAGAAGGGAAAUUUUUCCAAAACGUCAGCUCAGGUUGUAUUAGAUGGCCUUGUGGACAAGAUUGGAGAUGUGAAAUGUGGGAACAAUGCAAAAGAAGCUAUGACAGCAAUAGCCGAAGCCUGUAUGUUACCAUGGACUGCUGAACAGGUUGUGUCAAUGGCUUUCUCACAAAAGAAUCCCAAAAAUCAGUCAGAAACUCUGAAUUGGCUAUCAAAUGCCAUAAAAGAAUUUGGUUUUUCUGGGUUGAAUGUCAAAGCUUUCAUUAGCAAUGUGAAGACAGCUCUUGCUGCAACAAACCCAGCUGUGAGGACUGCUGCCAUAACCCUGCUUGGCGUGAUGUAUCUGUAUGUUGGUCCCUCUUUGCGAAUGUUCUUUGAGGAUGAGAAGCCUGCCCUCCUAUCCCAGAUAGAUGCAGAAUUUGAGAAGAUGCAGGGACAAAGUCCACCUGCUCCAACCAGAGGAAUUUCCAAGCAUAGCACAAGCGGUACAGAUGAAGGAGAAGAUGGAGAUGAACCAGAUGAUGGGAGCAAUGAUGUCGUUGAUCUUUUGCCGAGGACAGAGAUCAGUGAUAAAAUCACUUCAGAGUUGGUAUCUAAGAUUGGUGAUAAGAAUUGGAAGAUUAGGAAAGAAGGCCUAGAUGAAGUGGCAGGUAUUAUUAAUGAAGCAAAAUUUAUCCAACCGAAUAUAGGUGAACUUCCAACUGCCUUGAAGGGUCGACUUAAUGAUUCAAAUAAAAUCUUGGUACAGCAAACGUUGAAUAUCCUGCAACAACUGGCAGUAGCCAUGGGCCCAAAUAUUAAGCAACAUGUAAAAAAUUUAGGCAUCCCUAUCAUCACAGUCCUUGGAGACAGCAAGAACAAUGUUCGAGCUGCUGCCCUAGCGACUGUGAAUGCUUGGGCAGAACAGACUGGCAUGAAGGAAUGGCUGGAAGGAGAAGAUCUUUCUGAAGAGCUCAAAAAGGAAAAUCCUUUCUUGAGGCAAGAGCUUCUGGGCUGGCUGGCUGAGAAACUACCUACUCUUCGUUCCACCCCUAUAGACCUUAUCCUUUGUGUUCCUCAUCUCUACUCCUGCCUAGAAGAUCGAAAUGGAGAUGUGCGAAAGAAGGCCCAAGAUGCUUUGCCAUUCUUCAUGAUGCAUUUAGGAUAUGAAAAAAUGGCCAAGGCUACUGGGAAACUAAAGCCAACUUCUAAAGAUCAGGUGUUGGCCAUGCUAGAGAAAGCCAAAGCUAACAUGCCAGCCAAGCCUGCUCCACCCACUAAAGCAACUUCUAAACCAAUGGGAGGGUCAGCUCCAGCCAAAUUCCAGCCUGCAUCAGCACCUGCUGAAGAUUCUAUUUCCAGCAGUACAGAACCCAAACCUGAUCCAAAAAAGGCCAAAGCUCCAGGAUUAUCCUCUAAAGCAAAGAGUGCACAAGGGAAGAAGGUGCCAAGCAAAACCAGCUUAAAGGAGGAUGAAGACAAAUCUGGGCCUAUUUUUAUUGUUGUUCCAAAUGGAAAAGAGCAAAGGAUGAAAGAUGAAAAAGGAUUGAAGGUGCUAAAGUGGAAUUUUACUACCCCACGGGAUGAAUACAUCGAGCAACUAAAGACUCAAAUGUCUAGCUGUGUGGCUAAAUGGUUACAAGAUGAGAUGUUUCACUCAGACUUUCAGCAUCAUAACAAAGCCCUUGCUGUUAUGGUUGAUCACUUGGAGAGUGAAAAAGAAGGUGUUAUUGGUUGCCUGGAUCUUAUCUUAAAGUGGCUUACCCUGAGGUUUUUUGACACCAAUACAAGCGUCCUGAUGAAAGCACUAGAAUAUUUAAAAUUGCUCUUCACCUUGCUAAGUGAGGAAGAAUAUCAUCUUACUGAGAAUGAAGCAUCUUCCUUCAUCCCCUAUCUUGUCGUCAAGGUUGGAGAACCAAAGGAUGUCAUACGUAAAGAUGUUCGUGCCAUCCUGAACCGGAUGUGCCUUGUCUACCCAGCUAGCAAGAUGUUUCCCUUUAUCAUGGAAGGAACCAAAUCCAAAAACUCUAAGCAGAGAGCAGAGUGCCUGGAAGAGCUGGGAUGUCUGGUUGAGUCCUAUGGCAUGAAUGUUUGCCAACCAACCCCAGGAAAAGCCUUAAAGGAAAUAGCUGUUCACAUAGGAGACCGUGACAAUGCUGUACGCAAUGCUGCACUCAACACCAUUGUAACGGUGUACAAUGUACAUGGGGAUCAGGUGUUCAAACUGAUUGGAAAUCUUUCUGAAAAGGAUAUGAGCAUGCUCGAGGAGAGGAUUAAGCGCUCAGCAAAGAGACCCUCUGCUGCACCAAUAAAACAGGUGGAAGAGAAACCUCAGCGUGCACAGAACAUAAGCUCCAAUGCCAACAUGUUACGCAAGGGACCAGCUGAGGACAUGUCUUCCAAACUCAACCAAGCCCGAAGCAUGAGUGGGCAUCCUGAGGCAGCCCAGAUGGUCCGCCGAGAAUUCCAGCUGGAUCUAGAUGAGAUUGAGAAUGACAAUGGUACAGUCCGAUGUGAAAUGCCAGAACUUGUUCAGCACAAACUGGAUGACAUUUUUGAGCCAGUCCUUAUUCCUGAACCCAAGAUCCGGGCUGUUUCUCCACACUUCGAUGACAUGCACAGUAAUACAGCAUCCACAAUCAAUUUCAUUAUCUCCCAAGUAGCCAGUGGUGACAUCAACACAAGUAUCCAAGCUCUGACACAGAUCGAUGAAGUCCUGAGACAGGAAGACAAAGCUGAAGCCAUGUCCGGCCAUAUUGAUCAGUUUCUGAUAGCCACGUUUAUGCAGCUAAGACUCAUCUACAACACACACAUGGCAGAUGAGAAAUUGGAGAAGGAUGAGAUCAUCAAGUUGUAUAGCUGUAUCAUUGGCAACAUGAUUUCGCUGUUUCAGAUAGAGAGCCUUGCCCGGGAGGCCUCCACUGGAGUACUAAAAGACCUAAUGCAUGGCCUCAUCACAUUAAUGCUGGAUUCUCGGAUUGAAGAUCUUGAGGAAGGACAACAGGUCAUCCGCUCUGUGAACCUCUUGGUGGUGAAGGUUCUGGAGAAGUCAGACCAGACCAACAUCCUGAGUGCCCUACUUGUUUUGCUCCAAGACAGCCUGCUAGCAACAGCCAGUUCUCCCAAAUUCUCAGAGCUUGUUAUGAAGUGUCUCUGGAGAAUGGUUCGACUGUUGCCUGAUACCAUCAAUAGCAUUAACCUAGACAGAAUUCUUCUGGAUAUCCACAUUUUCAUGAAGGUCUUCCCCAAAGAGAAACUGAAGCAAUGCAAAAGUGAAUUUCCCAUAAGGACCCUAAAGACCCUGCUACACACCUUAUGCAAAUUAAAAGGGCCCAAGAUCCUGGACCACCUAACGAUGAUCGACAACAAAAACGAGUCUGAGCUGGAGGCCCAUCUCUGCCGGAUGAUGAAGCACAGUAUGGACCAGACUGGGAGCAAGUCUGAUAAGGAAACAGAAAAGGGAGCGUCUCGAAUAGAUGAAAAAUCAUCAAAGGCCAAAGUGAAUGAUUUCUUAGCUGAGAUUUUUAAGAAGAUUGGCUCUAAAGAAAACACUAAAGAGGGACUAGCAGAGUUAUACGAAUAUAAGAAGAAAUACUCAGAUGCUGACAUUGAACCAUUUCUGAAAAAUUCCUCACAGUUCUUCCAGAGCUAUGUCGAAAGAGGCCUUCGGGUGAUUGAGAUGGAGAGGGAGGGCAAAGGUCGUAUUUCCACUUCAACAGGUAUCUCCCCUCAGAUGGAGGUCACGUGUGUACCCACGCCCACAAGCACAGUGUCCUCCAUAGGUAACACAAAUGGGGAAGAAGUGGGGCCGUCUGUCUACUUGGAAAGGCUAAAGAUCCUCCGACAGCGAUGUGGUCUGGACAACACAAAGCAAGAUGACCGACCUCCUUUGACCUCUUUGCUCUCCAAACCAGCAGUUCCUACCGUCGCCUCUUCCACAGACAUGCUCCACAGCAAACUCUCUCAGCUCCGGGAGUCACGGGAGCAGCACCAGCAUUCAGACCUGGAUUCUAACCAGACUCACUCUUCAGGAACUGUGACCUCCUCCUCCUCCACAGCUAACAUAGACGACUUGAAAAAAAGACUGGAGAGAAUAAAGAGCAGUCGCAAAUGAAGCUGCCCCACUCCCCUGGCACCCUGCAGCUUUAGUUUACUAAACUAGAAGUCCUCAUAGUUUAAAAUGGCCUCAGCAGGCCUAGUGUAUACAAACUGGUUGUAUGUAUCAUGCCGUGGAGCUGGGGGGAGGAGUUGUUGUGGCACAAGUAUUUGUACAUACUCUGCUUCUCUCCAUCAGCGUCCCGCUGCUCUAGAAGACUGUCCGUGGAUGAGUUUAGUGUACAGACUUGUAAACAGCUGCCCCCUCUCUGCUCAGUCUAGUUCCCAGAUCCUUUUCUUUUUAAUUGCUCAUUUGUAAAAUUGUUUUAAUCUUUCCUAGCUUUUUAAUAGUUAAUAUUAGAAACUCUUUAAUAGUUUUCCUUUCAGUUUGUCAGCUCUUCUCUGUCACCCUAAAGGGUCACUGUAUUCUGUAUGAAUGCAUGGCAUGAUACAACUAAUUUAAGAGUCUUUUAUAAAUAAAGUUUGCAUUAACUAUA